AUGGAGUCCACCGACUGGCUGGUGGAUCUGUGUCGCGAUGUUCAGUUGGAACAGUUCGCGACCAAAAUUCGCGAGGAUCUCCAGAUAACCCGCAUCCAGCAUUUCGACUUCGUCGCGGCCGAAGACCUCGAGAAGAUUGGCAUAGCCAGGCCAGCCGCCAAACGUCUCCUGGAUGCCGUCAAGAAGUGCAAGGGAGGAUGGAGGAAGAGCAUUUUCAAAAACAUCAAACCGGAGAAGAAUGCAUCGAAAAGCGGCAAAAGCAGUCCAAUUCAACCUAGUCCAGCUGGCGCGCAACCUUCUGAAAACUUGACAUGUCUCAUCUCCGAGAAGGAAAUCACCCUGAAAACCAAAUUAGGAGGUGGGACGUUCGGUGUCGUGAUGAUGGGGGAAUGGACGACUUGUACGGGAAGGAUUGUCGACGUCGCUUGCAAAAUUCUCAAGGAAGAUCCGAAGCAGACGGGCACCUUCGACGACUUCAUCAAAGAGGUUGGGUCUAUGCACGCGCUCAAUCACCCCCAUCUUGUCAAACUAUACGGCAUCGUACUGGGCUCACAGCUUAUGAUGAUCACCGAAUUGGCUCCCCUGGGUUCGUUGAGGGAUCACUUGAAAAAGCACGGAUCGAAAGUAGCCAUCACCCGAUUAUUCGAUUACGCGGUACAAAUAGCUGAUGGCAUGGCAUAUCUAGAAGAGAUGCGAUUUAUCCAUCGAGAUCUAGCAUGCAGGAAUAUUUUGUUGUCAUCGAUAGAGAAGAUCAAGAUUGGCGAUUUUGGUUUGAUGCGGAAUCUCAAGGGCGAUCAGGAUUGCUACGUGAUGACGGAGCACCACAAGGUUCCAAUGCCCUGGUGUGCUCCUGAAAGCCUCACGUCCAGAAUCUUCUCGCACGCAUCUGACACGUGGAUGUACGGAGUCACCUUGUGGGAAAUGUUUUCGUUCGGUCGGGAACCUUGGAGCGGGCUCAACGGGGCAGAAAUUCUGAAGAGGAUCGACGCUGAAGGAGAACGCCUCGAGCAUCCUUCAGGCUGCUCCAACGACCUUUACCAGCUGAUGCUACAGUGUUGGCAUGAGACCCCGGAGUUAAGGCCAACUUUUGGGGCUCUUAAAGACUUCAUAUCCGCAAACCAACCCCAGCUGCUGAAACUUAUCAAGCUUCCCCAAACCCCUGGAGGAUCUACGGCGCUCCAGGAUAAUGAAUUGCGUAUGAAAGACGUCGUAGAAGGAGACAUCAUCGCCGUGAUCGAGGGUAGAAACGAUUACUACUGGUGGAAAGGUCAGAACCUUCGAACCUUUGAAGUUGGUCUCUUCCCCCGAAAUCAUUGCGAAUCGACCUCGUCAAAGAACUCCAAGGAUAUCUCCGCCCCCUUGCGGCACUCGUUCAUCCACACGGGCCAUUGCGACGCCUCCGGCAAGAAAUGGGGAAGUCCGGGGCACAUCGAUCAGAUGUACCUCUGUAACCCAGCUCAGCCCGAAGACUUGCUAGGCCUACCCCCACUGCCAAAAAAGCCUGCCUCAUGGUUGAAGGAUCUACCGAAUAGAUCCAAGAGCGUGAAACAGGCGAAGCAAUUCAGUUAUAUACACCUAAAGAAUGAGCUCUCGUCUCCGAACGAGCCGCCUCCUCCACAAUCUGCGUCAAGCUGUUCGCCGAAAAAUCUGGAGAACCGCAAUUUCAAUCAGCCAGCAGCGGUACCGAGCGCGGAUCUACUGUACGGCGAGAGCGAGAGUUACUUCGGUUGCGAUUCUAGUUUUGACAGCGUCACUUACGAAGCUCAGACCGAGUAUCAAAACGUAGACUCGAGGAACGAUCAGUCGUCAAGGUACUAUAGCGCAGUUCCCGAACUGGAAAAUUUGGCGAGUCAGGCUUUCGGUAUGAAAGCUCUGGUCCACGAAACCAACCGGAUCGAUGCGGACGACGAGGAAGACAGAGAUCACGCCUACAUGAAUGUGUGUGACGUUCCCUUGCCAAAUGGAAUGAAGAGGAACCCACAGGAACCGAGCAAGGUUAUAAAAGCGCCCGCCCCGCCAGCCGUAAAACCGUCUACCCAACCGAGCACGUUCCAGGAGUUCGUCGCUAGAGAAGACCAAAGAUUUAAUGACUGCAAAUCGCCAACCGAAGCAUCGGUCUACACGGCGUACAGCUCGAACUUUUGGGGCACAGAAUACGAUCCUCCAUUGACAGACGACGAGGGUUAUCGGAACAUUGAGUCAGCUUUGGACGAAGUCCCACCCGCCACCUACCUCAACAUUCAAGAAGCUCUGCCUGACGAUAAUCGUAGGGAACGGCGAGAGUUCCCUCCCGAUGUGGAUCUGUCGAAAAUCUCCGAUGAAACCCCGCCCGUCGUAUCCCGGCCGAAGUCCGAGACCGCUUCCUUGCCGAGACUCUCGUCCGAAAUCGUAGCCCAGAAUACCAUGUCACGAUUCAACCUCCCCUACCUGAAGAGCGGUAAGAAAGAGCCGGACAGCAGUACUGACAGCAAAGUGCCAAAAAAUCAAGCACAAAACGGUCACAGGGAUCCUCCGCCGAUACAGCUCCCGAAACCGUCCCAAGUCUCAAGUCAGAAACCUCCUCGAAACUCUCCGCCGAUGCAAGCCGUCAAGCCAGAACCGCAUCAGAUCCCAUCGGUGAUCCCGAACAAAACCGCCGAUGAGCGCUGGACGGCUUUCGACGAAAGUCCAGAUGAUUCCCCCGAGGACACGAAGAAUUUCAUGGUGAACAUAAGAACUUCGAUGUCGCCCACCAAAGACCCUCUCAGAAGCUCAACGGGAGCGCCUGCAGUGAUUCCGAAGCUUCCGCCCCCCGAAAAGAAGAAAGAGGCUACGAGGUCUUCGUCGUCUUCCGCCGUAACGGACUUGUCUGCGGUCGUAUUUCCGUCGCCCCCGGUAUUCGUACCACCAGCGAAUGCACUCUCUCCCUCAGGUACGGCGAGUUUGUCGGCUAUCAUGGCAUCUCCCGUCGCAGGCGAGAAUUUAUUCCCCGCUCAAUUCGGAGCGAGUCUACCUGCUACGCCUCAGCCGCAGAACUUCGCUCUGAAGACAUCUUAUUGCCCAGCGCCGUCGAAUCAGCCUUUGAUUCCGGCGCCGCAGACCCCGGACAAGGAAUCCCAGGAUUUAGAGAACCGGCUCGAGAAUUAUCUAGCCGCCAAACAACGGACCAGAACACUCGAAGAGAAGGCGAAACGCGAGCAAGAGGCUGCGCGUAAGCACGAAGAAGCGCUGAAAGCUCUGCAAGCACAAAAGAUCACCUGUCAAAAGCAAUUCCUCUCUCAGGCCAAGUCGCUUCAAUCCACCCAGCACGAGAGUUUACCUCCUUCGGGGAGCAAUGGUACGGUGAAUGGCUUCGAGGACUCCUUCAACUCGUUGCAGCUGGAAAAGACGAAACCGAAUGCUGCAGCUGAGAAUUCGAAAGCUGAGCUCCAAAUGCGAGCCCUCGCGAAUGACUUCAAUUCCUCGGUGAAAUCACCAACGGCAUCCGCGGCCGCCGGGACCAUCUCGGCUCGGGCUCCGACAAACCUUGCCGAGAGCUCGGCCUGCAAACUCAGCAAGGUUCUACCGAAUGGUAAUGCCCUUCUCCCGGCUAGCAUCGCCAAGACUAACGGACACCAGCCCACGGCAACCGUAGCCUUGCCUACCGCUCCUAUUUCUACGCCUGGCCCAGCCAAAUCGAACCCGGCCUCGAAGACUCUUGCCGGAUCGUCCGUGCUGCUCGGAGCCACCGCAAACCGCCCUCUACCUCCUUCGUCAGUGCCACUCGUGCCUACUCCGGUCCCGGCCGUGGCCGAAGUCAGGGGACAGAACCUCGGUGCUUUCUCUGGAAGCUUAGGUGAUUUGUUAGCUCCCGGUUCGAAGUCCUCAACCCUCACGCUGGAGGAUUUAGCUAAGGGCUCAAAACCCUUCGGUCAACUUAUGAAUUUCGGAAACAAUUUGAGUCGGUCUCAGGAAACGCUCCACAAACCGGCGCCGCAGCAAACAGCGUUCGUGCUGCCGUUGAAAUCAGCGAGCUCUGCCUGCAAUCCACGUCUCGCCGCAGGACCCAGUGGUCAAAAUGUGAAUAUUUUCUGCAACCAGCAACCUUUAGUUCCGACCCCUGUAAAUGUGAAUUCUCAGCGGAAGACGAUCCGAUCCUUCGACGAACUCAACGGCGCAGUGUCCCUCAUGGGAAUCGGGAACCCGACCGCCGAAGUGAAACCCUUCAUGGUGAGACCCCCUCCCCCACCGCCGCGGCAACCCGAGCUCGAGAAUCUCAAAACGUCUCCCACGCUCGUACAGCCGAGUAACACCGAGAUUCUGGCGAUGCAAACGCUUCUACCGGGCUCGUCAAGGGAGGAGUGUCUCGCCGCGAUCAUGGCGAACCCUGGUAAUAUCGAAGGAGCUCUACGUCAAAUCAAACUGGAUCAUUUAGUGAGACUCGGUAUCGCGCCAAGGCAGGUCUGUGAGAACGCUCUCAGAAACCAUCAAUGGAAUGUCGAUCAAGCCGCCUCCGCUCUUUUGGACUCAAGAUGAUCUUCACAGGCCAGUGCGAGACCGAUUAGCGGUUGCCGUCGUCGGAAAAGCCGUAUGAGCGCUGUCGAAACAUGUAAAUUACACGACAAGACACAGAACGAAACAUACACAUCGCUUCUUAGAAACAAACUCCUGUGAUGCACCGGAGCUCCGCAGCCCAAGUUCAUAUGAUCUCAAUCCCAGUAGACGACUUUUUCUUCCAAAGCUUCAAAAUGAGCGACCACGAUUCCUCCCCUGAGGCGAGCAAGUGAAUUUAGUCGCAAGCUCGUGGAGCGACCGCACAGCUCGUCGAGAAUUCCUCCGGGUAUAAUCCCUCCUGCGUCGCGGUCACAGCUCUACCUGUAGUCGAGAUCCAGGUUGUCCUCUCUUCGACGCUCAACGAUCUGAGAAUCCACCGAGCUCAUCCGAGUGCCGCAUCUCUACAGAGGGCGCGGAGAGCGACCUUGAUUUUUUUUUAUCAUUGUUAUCUCUCAGUUCAUUUCGCUUCCGACCUGAACAAUGUCAAUAAUUCUGAAUCGAUGUCUGAUAUGCGUGACGAUGACGGAGCAAGUCCCUGUACACAGAGUCAACACACGUUGCCGAGUAUUGGAACUUUUCAAUCUUUCUGAUAGUUCCGGAAAUGGCCCCCUGAGAGAUCUGAUAUUUUCGGAGACUCCCCAACACUAGCGUACCCUGUUUCGGAAUCUCUAGUUCCUACGGUGGGAAGUCAUUUGAUCGCCAUCGAGCGAUUCUGCUAUUGAAUUGAUCCCUCCU